GAGGAGGCAAGUCUGAAAAGUCAUUUAUUUUCUCACUUUCAAACAACGACAAUCUUCCACCCUUCAAAUCCAUUCUUCGCAAGUACAAAUCUUGUAUUAUUCAAGAUUCAGAUUAUGGAGCGAUAUUCGGCUCUGGCGAUAGAUGUCAAGGUCGGGAUAUUUCUAUUUCAAACAAUGCCGGCAGCAGCGGUACAUCGUUCUCUGACUUUGGUGUUUCCUACACUCUGCCUGAAGGAUAUGUUGCUAAAAGCGAUAAAGCAAGAGCUCUUCUAG